AUGAUGACAGCUUCGGCAAAGUUACACUCUUUGCAAUUUCAACCACUUGCUCCCACUGAAUGGUAUGGUCGAUUAAGUUUUGGUCCAGUGUUACCUGGGCAAGGGCUGACAGUCGGUAAUACUUUACGACGUGUCCUUUUAAAUGAUUUAAAAGGCAUUAGCGUUGUCGGAGCGGAAAUUGCUGGUGUUGAUAACGAGUUUUCAACCUUACCUGGGGUUCGUGAAUCUGUGGUGGAAAUUUUUUUAAAUUUGCGUGAUUUAGUUUUUACGCAUUAUACACCUGAUGAGAAAGAACCACCAAGUCAAGGAGAAUUGGAACCUGGUGCAAAACCUUUUGCAGCAGCCCAGUUAAAAAAAGACUUAUCUAAGUUACCGAUUAGCUCAUUCCCGUAUGUUGUACGUGCUGGGGAUUUAGACUCACAAGAUUUUAAAAUUGUCGAUCCAACCCAACCGGUUGCUACGUUGCUUUCUCCGGAAGCCGCAGCAACAUUUCAGAUUUAUCUUUUUUUAAGUGUUGGCCGUGGUUAUCAAUCUUGGAAGAAAUUACCAGGGGUACCCCAAAUCAUGGGUCAACGCUUUUUUGAAGAUUUUACACCACCGACCCGAUCGCACACUGGAACUACUUUUCCAAUUGAUGCGAUUUUUAUGCCGGUAAAACGUGUAAAUUUCACUAUUCGAGAAAAUCUUGGUGAAGGAGAAUAUAUUUACUUUGAACUUUGGACAAAUGGGAGUUUACAUCCAUUACAAGCGCUUCGAUCAGCCGCAAAAGUUUGUAUGAAAGUGAUGGGAGCUUGCUUACAAUGUGUUGAUUUACAGCCAAGUUUAACGGAUGAUCUUGAACCAGGAACACCUGGGGCAACGGUCCCGGUCCAAUAUACAAAGUCAGAAGCCUUACCGAAAUUUGAGUCAAUCCCAAUUGAACAGUUAGAAUUAUCGCUUCGUGCGUAUAAUUGUUUAAAGCGUGCACAAAUUUUAACGCUUGCCGAUUUAGCCCAACAAUCUUGUAGUGAUCUUUUAAGUUUACGCAAUUUUGGGCAAAAGUCAGCCGAAGAAGUGCGUGCUGCGUUACGAACAUAUGGAAUUGAAUUAAAGCAGUAA